CUCGAAGCGGGAGACGACGACAAUCUCCAGAAACGGCAGUCAAUUGUUUGAAUUCCCUGGAAUCUCCUCUUAAAGCUGUCGCAUAGUAUCCCCACAGAGGUGGGACGGUAUCGCGCAGCUUUAUCGUCAAGAUGGCUUCUCAUACCCCGGCCGUUGUCAUGGACAACGGUACCGGUUUUUCAAAGCUCGGCUUCGCAGGCAAUGAUUCUCCCUCCUUCGUUUUCCCUACGGCAAUAGCUACAAAAGGCCCUGCUGGAGGUGGUGGAGGAUCCGGAUCUGGAAGGCCGGCUGUAGCGAACAAGCCGUCAUAUCUUACUGGAGGUGCGGGGCAAGGUGGACAUCUCUCCAUGAAGAGAGGAACUGAAGACCUGGACUUCUUCAUUGGGGAUGAAGCUCUUGCUGCAGUGAAUGGGCCAGGUUACGGGCUACAUUACCCCAUCCGUCAUGGACAAGUUGAGAAUUGGGAUCAUAUGGAAAGGUUUUGGUCGAAUUCUAUAUUCAAAUAUCUCCGAGUCGAACCAGAAGACCAUUAUUUCCUGCUUACAGAGCCUCCUCUCAAUCCUCCCGAGAACCGCGAGAACACUGCCGAAAUCAUGUUCGAGUCUUUCAACUGCGCAGGCCUUUAUAUUGCGGUGCAAGCAGUACUCGCUCUUGCCGCCUCAUGGACAUCAUCCAAAGUCACUGAUAGAUCAUUGACGGGAACCGUUAUUGAUUCCGGCGACGGUGUUACCCACGUCAUCCCUGUCGCAGAAGGAUAUGUUAUCGGGUCUUCCAUAAAGUCUAUUCCUAUUGCUGGGCGAGAUAUUACAUACUUCGUGCAAUCACUCCUCCGAGACCGAGGCGAACCGGAUUCUUCUCUGAAGACCGCCAGUGAAAUCAAAGAAGAAUACUGCUAUGUCUGCCCAGACAUCGUUAAGGAAUUCUCCCGUUUUGAUAGGGACCGCUCACGCUUUGCCAAACAUGUGGUUACUCAGCCCAGUGGUCGCCAGGUUACUGUUGAUGUUGGUUAUGAGCGUUUCCUUGCACCAGAAAUCUUCUUCAACCCCGAGAUUUACUCUUCCGAUUUCCUGACUCCUCUACCUAACGUUGUCGAUGGUGUCAUUCAAUCCUCCCCUAUUGAUGUUCGUCGGGGCCUGUACAAGAACAUUGUACUUUCCGGAGGAAGUACAUUAUACAAAGACUUCGGCCGCAGAUUACAAAGAGACAUCAAGCACCUUGUCGACGAUAGGAUCAGAGCUAGUGAGGCCAGAAGCGGUGGGGCACGGAGCGGUGGCUUGGAGGUACAAGUCAUUUCGCACAAGAGACAAAGGCAUGGACCAUGGUUUGGGGGUAGUCUUCUCGGUCAGACACCAGAAUUCAGAUCUUAUUGUCAUACGAAGGCCGAUUACGAUGAGUACGGAGCAUCAGCAUUCAGACGCUUUGCACCUCUCGGUGCUCCUUCUGGUGUAUAG